AUGCUUGCAAAGACGACCACCGUUGUCGCCGCCCUCGCGCUGGUGCCCUCCGCCGCCGCCUUCUUCGACUGCAUCUACCCCAAGAACUCGACCCCGCGCGUCCCCGCCGGUGCUUGCUGCGACUCCGUCGUCAAGCACACCAUCUUCGAUAUCCCAUUCGAAUACACCGGCAAGAACUGCAAGUCGCCGCCUCCGAAACGAGAAAAAAAAACGUGCAUGACGGCGUACCUGCACUCGACGGACCCGUGCGGACGAGACCUCUACUUUGACUGCAAAUGGAAUCAGAAACCAGCCUGCUGCGAGCCGCUCAUGAUGGUCCCGCAGGCCAAGUCGAACCCGGCGUGUAAAUUACCAUUGGUUAGAGAGGAGCACUCUGGUCCGCCAGUACCUUGUCCCGAUCCCAAUCCGUGA